CCCCCGCGCCCGCCGGCAUCCUCAUCGGAGACCGCCUCUACUCCGAGGUGUCGCUCACCAUCGACCACUCGCUGAUCCCCGAGGAGCGACUCUCGCCCACCCCCUCCAUGCAGGACGGGCUGGACCUGCAGUGCGAGACCGACCUGCGCAUCCUGGGCUGCGAGCUCAUCCAGGCGGCCGGCAUCCUGCUGCGGCUGCCGCAGGUGGCCAUGGCGACCGGGCAGGUGCUGUUCCAUCGCUUCUUCUACUCCAAGUCCUUCGUCAAGCACAGCUUUGAGAUUGUUGCCAUGGCCUGCAUCAAUCUCGCGUCCAAAAUCGAGGAGGCGCCUCGUCGGAUAAGGGACGUGAUCAACGUGUUCCAUCAUUUACGACAGUUAAGAGCAAAAAGGACUCCAAGCCCCCUGAUACUUGAUCAGAACUACAUAAACACCAAAAAUCAAGUAAUCAAAGCAGAAAGGAGGGUACUGAAGGAGUUGGGAUUUUGUGUUCAUGUCAAGCAUCCUCAUAAGAUCAUUGUUAUGUAUUUACAAGUCCUAGAAUGUGAACGUAAUCAAACCCUGGUACAGACAGCCUGGAAUUACAUGAACGACAGCCUCCGGACAAACGUGUUUGUUCGCUUUCAGCCCGAGACCAUUGCGUGUGCUUGCAUUUACCUCGCUGCCAGGGCCCUGCAGAUUCCGCUGCCCACUCGCCCUCACUGGUUCUUGCUCUUUGGCACCACGGAAGAGGAGAUUCAGGAGAUCUGCCUGACGACUCUCAAGCUUUAUACCAGAAAAAAGCCCAAUUAUGAGUUUCUGGAUAAAGAAGUAGAAAAGAGGAAAAUGGCACUACAGGAAGCUAAACUGAAGGCAAAAGGUUUAAAUCCAGAUGGAACUCCAGCACUCUCAACACUGGGUGGCUUUUCUCCUGCAUCCAAACCAUCUUCCCCGAGAGAAGUAAAAGCUGAAGAGAAAUCUCCAGUGUCUGUGAAUACCAAAACCAUUAAAAAGGAGCCAGAGGAGAGGCAGCAAACCUCCAAGAGCCCUUACAAUGGCCUGAGAAAAGAAAGCAAGAGAAGUCGAAGCAGCAGGAGCGGCAGCCGGUCCCGGUCGAGGACAAAGUCGCGCUCUCGCUCGCACACGCCCAGGCGGCACUACAACAACCGGCGCAGCCUGUCGGGCACCUACAGCUCUCGGUCGCGGAGCCGCUCGCGCAGCCACAGCGGGAGCCCCCGGCGGCACCACAACCACGGCUCCCCCCACCUCAAGGCCAAGCACGGCCGCGAGGAGCUCAAGGGCGCCAACAGACACGGCCACAAGCGGAAAAAAUCCCGCUCCCGCUCCCAGAGCAAGUCCAGGGAUCACUCGGACGCCGCCAAGAAGCACCGGCACGAGCGGAGCCACCACCGGGAGCGGCGCGAGCGCUCCCGCUCCUUCGAGCGCUCCCACAAGGGGAAGCACCACGGCAGCGGCCGCUCGGGGCACGGGCGGCACCGGCGCUGAGCCCCCCGGGUGGGCACAGGAACUGUGGGACUGCACAACCCCCCUGCCAGGUUUGGAGGGGCUUGGGGGCCCCGGGGCUCGUUUUCCCAGAGGGGCGGAAGACUUUUGUUUGUCUUUUUCUUUCGGGAAAGGAACCGUUACCAACUUUUUUGCACAUAAUACCUUAGCAGUAUCCAAGGGGUGGAGAAAACCACGAUCAGGUUCGUUGUAUGUAUUAGAGCCGUGUAUUGUUUAUUGAGCUGAGAACUGGAGACAGGAUUUCUGUAAAAAAAGCAAAACGUACCUUAUUUUUAUACCAGUCAAUUGCAGACGCUUAUAUUUAAGUAUAGUUAUUUGUUUAAACAAUGGUGGAGACUUUCUUACACUGGUUUUAGUCUGCAUGUGUUGAAAGAUUUUUACAAGAAAUAAAAUAUAAGGCUUUUUUUUUUUUUUUUACUGCCUGUUGGAUGCCAAAUGUGUUGGAACUAAACUUGCUUUUCUUACACCCCCUG